AUGCCGCAAAAGAUCGAAAUCAAUUUGGCCGGCGAUAUGAAAUAUCACUUCACAAGCGAUGGAAAAGACUCGACCGGAUGCUUUUUGACAUUGCUCGGAACAGUCUGCGCCGGUUUUGCGGCAUUCGCCCUUUAUAAACAGUUCAAAAAGCUGUUUCGAUUCGAAGAAACUGUCGGAAAUGAAAUUCGCCCCGAAACAUCACCAGAACCAAUUGCUCCUUUUCGAUCGGUCGCUCCACCAUCAGAGGAGAUGGUAGAAGAACCAUCAUCUUCCAACAGUGACAACUUCUGUCGAGGAAACCGUCAA